GUUGAGGAGAUCGCCUGCUGACACCUCGGCGUCUCUCGCGGGAUCUGGCGCGUUUCUCACGAUCUCAUGCACGCUUACCACCACUCGAUAUAAAACACCAGCCCUGGUCCACGUCACUCCCUGGCAGGCUACACUGACACGCUACUCGAUUGACUUUCCGCUCGAUACAGGCACUACAUUCCAACAGUAUCUGUUCGGGGCAACUUCCUCUUUAGGAAGCCAUCUCCUGAACAAGAGCAAAUCACAACUACCAUCAUCUUCCGCCUCUCUCCGCUUUAUUGGGCCAUGUGCCAGAUCCGGCCAUCGCUAUCAAAACAUCACAUCUCAAUUCUUUGACUGGGUCGUUUCCGCUGUUUCGACAUGGGUUUUGAUGUGGGAUCUUGGUGUACUCCUCAGGUACCUAAAAAGUCGUGGUCCCAGUACCCGUCUGGUUCCCCAUGGCGCGGGUUCGUCGAUUUCCUUCGGCUUUUUAUUCACGCCGGAAUGCGGAGGAGUUCUUAUGAAAACCACAUUGUUGGCGACAUUGAUCACGGUAUUACGAGUAUCAAAGACUCUUGGAGAGAAUUGUCUUCGGGCUGGUGGUCGGAGAUUCGACAGCAGCAGCUCGGCAACGGCUAAACACCCUAGGACCUCAUCUCGACUCGACCCAGUUGCGUUGCUGCCGCCGGGUCUAUCAGAUCAUGCUCAUGUUUGUUUCCUAGCUUCAUAUGCAGAUCCCCAUUCUCGAGUCCCGGCGCAGAUAACUGGCUGCUCAACUCACGAGCCAGUGCUGCCUCACCGACCUUGGGUCGAUAUGCCGGGCCGCUGUUCAAAGUCACAUUGCAGUUGACACAUGCAGCCACCCACGAUACAGACGGAGUAAUGGCCGUCGAUGUACCGCUAUCCUCAUCCAACUCGCCAGCUGUCGUCAACCUCUCUGUCUGUGACUCUCGCUCUGCAGACCUGCGAGCACAGUAUGUGAUGAGUUAUGGCCAAACCGCGCUCUCGAAAGUGCGGCCGCACUUUGCAGUCCAGUCCAGCCAACCCAGAUUUCUUGGGAAUGGAAAAACAGGUAUGCAUUGCUGCUUAGCGCUGCUCAGGGAUGUGUCAGGCACGGUGGCAGUGGCACGUCCCGAGUCUGAGGCGAUAGCAGCCAGGAAGCUCACGCUUACCAUGUGGCUUCGGCUCAUGGGCCAGAC